ACACACACACACACACACACACACACCAUCUCCCUCCCUCGGCCGUGUAACCCGCUCUGUCUGUAGGCUCCGCGGUCUCCUGAUCCUCUUACACUCCUGUAGGCUCCGCCGCUGCCGCGCCGCGCCGCGCCGCGCCGCGCACGACCGCUCCGACGCCGCACACUGAGGGGGCUGGACUCCUCUCACAUUCCUGCUCACAACAAGUUUGACAGCAGCGCCGGGAGCAGGAGGGCGGAGUGCUGAGGAAACAACGGCAGCCGGAGAGGCUGUGAGAUGCCGCACAGACUGAGGAGCGGAUCCCCGCGAGGCGAGAGGCGGCCGGGCUCAACUUAACGGAAAGGCGCUCGUGUCGUGCGCGCUCCGUGACGUCGUCACAGCUGCUCUGCUGUAGCCGCCGAACAGCACCGGGGCAGCUCUGUCGCCCUGACCUCACGGUGCUCUGGUGAGGCAUCAUCCUGCUCUCUGCGCGGCGGGUCGUCGCCGCAGAGCGCAGCAUCCACAGCAGGCGCUGCGCCAUGCGUCACUCCGAGCCGGACAGGACGGGAAACAUCGUCGACAGCUGAACACUGAUUAUUUCCCUCCCUCCCAUCAGCCCGAGCGGUCCGAGGAAACUUUUCUCCCCCCUGGUCCUCCCCCUCGGUGUCCCCCCUCUCCGGUGGUGGCUCCGCAGGAUUCCCAUGAAGCCACGCAGCGGGUGAUCCUACUUUGUUGGGGAUUUUUUGUGCGCCGGACAUCAUGUGGACGCCGACGGAGGACGAGAAGCUGGGAGUCGUGAUCUGCAGCUUCCGGGGCUCGGUGACUCAGGGUUUGGCUCUGGAGGUGGGAGAGACGGUUCAGAUUCUGGAAAAAUGUGAAGGAUGGUACAGAGGAUUCUCCACGAGGAGGCCAAACGUCAAGGGAGUCUUCCCGGCCAGCUACGUUCACUUGAAGAAAGCCAUCGUCACCAACCGAGGGCCACAUGAGACCGCGGUGCCUCUGGAAGACCCCAUCGUUACUGAGGUGACGUCCACGCUGCAGGAAUGGGCCUUACUGUGGAAGCAGCUCUAUGUGAAACACAAAGUGGAUCUGUUCUACAAGGUCCGUCACGUGAUGAUGGAGCUGAUCGACCUGAGGAGGCAGCUCCUGUCCGGCCACCUGACGCAGGACCAGAGCCGAGACGUCAAGCGACACAUCACCGUCAGACUGGACUGGGGCAACGAACACUUGGGUCUGGACUUGGUGCCACGAAAGGAGUUUGAGAUGGUGGAUGAAGACCAGAUAAGCGUGUCGGAUCUUUAUAAAAUGCAUCUGUCCAGCAGACACAGCGUCCAACAGAGCACCACACAGGGUGACGGCACUCGGCAGCGACACGGGGAGCCGUGCAGAGUUCCUGUACCACACCACCUACUGGUCAACCUGAAGAGCUUCACCUACAACAGCAUAGGAGAGGACACCGACAUAUUCUUCUCUCUGUACGACCUGAGAGAGGGGAAGACCAUCAGUGAGAAGUUCAUGGUGAGACUGAACAAGAACGGAGGACCGAAGAAUCCAGAGAAGGUGGACAGGCUGUGUGCGCUCUUCACGGACCUGAGCAACAAAGACAUGAAGAGAGAUCUGUACAUCAUCUCUCAGGUGAUCAGGACAGGUCGCAUGCUGCUGAAUGACAGUAAGAAAGGUCCUCCGCACGUCCAGUACCGCCGACCGUACGGCUGUGCUGUCCUGGCCAUGAGCGACGUGCUGCAGACCAUCUCUGAGCUCAAAGAGGAGAAGGACUUCGUGCUGAAAGUCUACACGUGCAACAACGAGAACGAGUGGUACCAGAUCCACGAGAACAUCAUCCGCAAGUCCAGCACCAAAUACACCGCUCCCAGCACCAGCUACGGUCUGAUCAUCUCCCUGCAGCUGCUGAGGGGCGACAUGGAGCAGGUCCGCAGGGAGAACCCGCUGGUCUUCAGCCGGGGGGUGGCCAUCACCCGCAAACUGGGCUUCCCUGACGUCAUCAUGCCAGGUGACAUCCGUAACGACCUGUACCUGACCCUGGAGCGAGGGGACUUCGAGAGAGGAGGGAAGAGCGUUCAGAAGAACAUCGAGGUCACAGUGUAUGUGCUCUACGCCGACGGAGAAAUCCUCAAGGACUGCAUCAGUAUGGGCUCAGGUGAGCCCAGCGUACCUGAGCACCGCUCCUUCGUGCUCUACCACAACAACAGCCCUCGAUGGGGCGAAGUCAUCAAGCUGCCCAUUCCCAUCGACCGCUUCAGGGGCUCCCACCUGCGCUUCGAGUUCCGGCACUGCUCCACAAAGGACAAAGGAGAGAAGAAGCUGUUUGGUUUUGCCUUCACUCCUCUGAUGAGGGAGGAUGGGACCACUCUUUCAGACGAGAGCCACGAACUCUACGUUUACAAGUGUGACGAGAACACCACCUUCAGUAACCACGCCCUCUACCUGGGCCUGCCCUGCUGCAAAGAAGACUUCAACAGCUGUCCCAGCAUCCCGUCCAGCCUCGUCUUCCAGCGCAGCACCAAGGAGACGUUCUGGAUCUCCACGCAGCUCUCGUCCACCAAGCUCACUCAGAAUGUGGACCUCCUGGCGCUGCUCAAGUGGAAGGCCCAUCCGGACCGGGUCAUGGACAUCCUCGGUCGGCUACGACACGUCAGUGGAGAAGAGAUAGUGAAGUUUCUUCAAGACAUUCUGGACACGUUAUUCUCCAUCUUGGACGACAACACUGAUAAAUACGGCCCACUGGUGUUCCAGUCAUUGGUGUUCAUUAUAAACCUGCUCAGGGACAGUAAGUACUACCACUUCAGGCCGGUGAUGGACACGUACAUCCAGAAGCACUUUGCUGGAGCGUUGGCUUACAAAGAGCUGAUCCGCUGUCUGAAGUGGUACAUGGACCGCUCGGCAGAGGUGGUCCGGCAGGACCACAUCCAGGAAGCGAUGAGGGCUCUGGAGUAUCUGUUUAAGUUUAUCGUCCAGUCUCGGAUCCUCUACUCUCGGGCCACGUGUGGUAUGGAGGAGGAGCAGUUUCGCACCAGCAUCCAGGAACUGUUCCAGUCGAUCCGCUUCGUCCUCAGCCUGGACAGCCGCAGCUCAGAGACCCUCAUCUUCACACAGGCCGCCUUGUUAAACUCGUUCCCGGCGAUCUUCGACGAGCUGCUGCAGAUGUUCACGGUGCAGGAAGUGGCGGAGUUUGUGCGCGGCACCCUGGGCAGCAUGCCGUCCACGGUGCACAUCGGACAGUCCAUGGAUGUGGUCAAGCUGCAGUCCAUAGCCCGCACAGUGGACAGCAGACUCUUCUCUUUCCCAGAGUCUCGGAGGAUCCUGCUUCCUGUGGUCCUGCAUCACAUUCAUCUCCAUCUGAGGCAGCAGAAGGAGCUGCUCAUCUGCUCUGGGAUACUCAGCUCUAUUUUCUCUAUUAUCAAGACCAGCUCACUGGACACGUCCGUGCAGGAGGAGGUGGAGAUGAUGGUGGAGUCCCUGCUGGACGUCCUCCUGCAGACCCUGCUGUCCAUUAUGAGCAAGAGCCAAUCGCAGGAGGCGGUAAGGGGUCAACGCUGUCCGCAGUGCACCGCGGAGAUCACUGGAGAGUACGUGUCCUGCCUGCUGUCCCUCCUCCGCCAGAUGACGGACGUCCACUUCCAACACCUGAUGGAAAACUUUCAGAGCAAAGAGGAGAUCAAGGAGUUCUUGUUGAAGAUUUUGUGUGUGUUCAGAAACCUGAUGAAGCUCAGUAUUUUCCCCCGCGACUGGAACGUCAUGAGGCUCCUCACCAGCAACAUCAUCCUGACCACAGCUCAGUAUCUGUCUCCUGCUCUGCACAAGAACUUCACAGACGCAGACUUUGACUUUAAGGUGUGGAACUCCUACUUCAGUCUGGCAGUCCUGUACAUCAAUCAGCCCAGUUUGCAGCUGGAAAACCUGAGUGCUGCUAAGAGGAAGAAGGUCUUAGACAAGUACGGUGACAUGAGAGUGAUGAUGACCUACGAACUCUUCAGCAUGUGGCAGAACCUCGGUGAGAAUAAGAUCCAUUUCAUCCCCGGUAUGAUCGGCCCCUUCCUGGGCGUGACGCUGGUUCCUCAGGUGGAGGUGCGAAACAUCAUGAUCCCCAUCUUCCACGACAUGAUGGACUGGGAGCAACGCAAGAACGGAAACUUCAAGCAGGUGGAGGCUGAGCUGAUCGACAAGCUGGACAGUUUGGUGUCUGAGGGGAAAGGCGACGAGAACUACAGAGAGCUCUUCGGUUUGCUAACCCAGCUGUUUGGGCCGUACCCCAGUCUGUUGGAGAAGAUCGAGCAGGAGACGUGGAGAGAGACGGGGAUCUCCUUCGUGACCUCCGUCACUCGGCUGAUGGAGCGACUGCUGGACUACCGGGACUGCAUGAAGGGAGAUGAGACGGAGAACAAGAAGAUUGGCUGCACUGUUAACCUCCUGAAUUUCUACAAGUCAGAGAUCAACAAGGAGGAGAUGUACAUCCGCUACAUCCACAAGCUGUGUGAUAUGCAUCUCCAGGCUGAGAACUACACUGAGGCGGCCUUCACUCUGCUGCUGUACUGGGAGCUGCUGCACUGGGACGAGCGGCCUCUGAAGGAGUUCCUCCAUUAUCCCGCUCAGACCGAGUGGCAUCGCAAGGAGGGGCUUUGCCGCAAGGUCAUCCACUACUUCAACAAGGGGAAGUGCUGGGAGUUUGGUAUUCCUCUGUGCAGGGAGUUGGCCUUCCAGUAUGAAUCCCUGUACGACUACCAGAGCCUCAGCUGGAUUCGGAAAAUGGAGGCAGCAUAUUAUGACAACAUUAUGGAGCAGCAGCGUCUGGAGCCGGAGUUCUUCAGGGUUGGAUUCUAUGGCAGGAAGUUCCCCUUCUUCCUUCGAAACAAAGAGUUUGUCUGUCGCGGACACGACUACGAGAGGCUCGAGGCCUUCCAGCAAAGGAUGCUGGGAGAAUUCCCACAGGCCAUUGCGAUGCAGCACCCCAAUCAGCCAGAUGAGGCCAUUCUGCAGUGUGACGCUCAGUACCUCCAGAUCUACGCGGUCACGCCGGUGCCGGACAGCGUCGGUGUCCUCCAGAUGGACAGAGUCCCCGAUCGCAUCAAGAGCUUCUACCGGGUCAACAACGUUCGGCGUUUCCGCUACGACCGACCCUUCCACAAAGGGCCCAAAGACAAAGACAACGAGUUUAAAAGUCUGUGGAUCGAGAGGACAACUCUGAUCCUCACUCACCCUCUGCCUGGGAUCUCACGCUGGUUUGAGGUGGACAAGAGAGAGCUGGUGGAGGUGAGUCCGUUAGAAAACGCCAUCUCGGUGGUGGAGAAUAAGAACCAGGAGCUGCGGACUCUGAUCAGCCAGUACCAACACAAGCAGCUGCACGGCAACAUCAACCUGCUCAGCAUGACGCUGAACGGAGUCAUCGACGCCGCCGUCAACGGAGGCAUCGCCAGAUACCAGGAGGCGUUCUUUGAUAAGGAGUACAUCAGCAGCCACCCUGAGGACACAGACAAGAUCACACAGCUCAAAGACCUGAUGCAGGAGCAGGUUCACGUCCUCGGAGUCGGUCUGGCUGUGCACGAGAAGCUGGUGCACCCCGAAAUGCGUCCCCUGCACAAGAAGCUGAUCGAUCAGUUCCAGAUGAUGAGGAGCAGUCUCUGCCAUUGUUUCUAUGUGGCGCUGCAGGGUCUGCCCGCUUUAGACAAAGCUGGCUCAGGAGCCAACACUCCCAGAGGGAUCCUGGCCUCUCACAGCCCCAUGAGCCCCGAGAGCUUCAAGCUCAUGCACCGGCACAGUGAGACGCCAAACGUUGGCAGUCUGCUGAUCCUGGCCGACGGGAUGGUGGUGGAGCACCCGGAGGACUUCUACCGCAUGCAGGCAAGCCCCUCCUCCUCCAGCCUUAGCUCCACCCACUCGGCGCCCUCACAGAUGAUAAACUCCACCCCAUCAACCAUCAGAGUCGGCUCUCCUUCUCUGCCAGACAAAUACAGACACAACAGGGAAAUGCUGAUGCUGCUGCCGCCACACAGAGAAAGACCGAGCAGCGCGAUGUACAGCAACAUGACGGAGAACGGACAGCCGGCGAACUUCCAGCGAGCGUUGCUCCAUCAGGUGAUUGGUCCAUGCAAACCCUGCAGUGACCCCAACCUGUCAGUGGCUGAGAAAGUCCUCACCACCCCCAGUAGUUGGAGUUUGGACAGUGGUACCAGAGAAGCCCUCCCCUUCCUCUCUGCCCAUGUUGGCAGUGUCAUGGCGCCUCCUGUCCCCCCACGCAACCUGCCUCAUGGGCAACACCUGUCGAUGCACUUUGACGCUUUCCACCACCAGGUCAGCGACCUCCCUCCAGCUCUCCCUGCGCGCUCCUUAAGAAAGUCUCCCCUGCACCCUAUACCUGCCUCGCCCACCAGUCCACAGUCCAUCCUGGAUGGCAGUAACUCCACCUUGUCAGGCAGCGCCAGCUCUGGAGUUUCCUCCCUCAGUGAGAGCAACUUUGGUGGCCCCGCCUCCUCCUCCGACCCCCCAGCCAGUCGCACAGACACCCUGGAGUCUGUCCCCAGCAGCCAGGCCUGGACCACUGACCAGGAAGACCUGGACUCGCCUUACCAGCCCGUCAGGUACAGCAUCUCUGAGCCUGAAAUCCUGGAAGGAGUCAAAUCCCCGCCCUGCCGCAGCCACUCCGCCCCAGGAGGUGUCACCCCAGCCCACGCAGGGGGCCAAAUCCAACUCCAGGCUGCAGGUUCGACCUCCACCGGAGCUCUACAACAGCCACUGCAACAGGAUGGGCUGCCGCAACCCCAGCACCACCACCAGUACUACCACCUCUUUCAUCCACACUACAUCCCCCACCACCCGCCUCUUUACCACCUCCAUGAGCCUCCUCCAGCCUUGCCCCCCAAACCCUACCCCAGAGAGGGGUGUAUCCCUGAAGAAGACCUCCUGAACCCCCAGCCUGCACCUCCACCUCCUGCACCCCGGCCCAUGCCCCGCAAAAUCUCCCAGCCCAUAAUCGCAGCAACUAAGGAUGAGCAAGCUAAAGUGGCCUGGGAGCACGGAGUCAGUGAGGAGUAGGACGUCGGCUGGCGAUGAUGGUACCUGUUGAGCUGAGAUGAACAAAAUUUAAACUCUUGCUAGCAGAGAGAAAAAAGAGAGAGGAUGUGAUAAACUGUCAGAAUCCCCCAGCUGUUCUGGUUCAGUAAAGAAAUUAAUUAGUGAAGAUGAACUUUGAAAUGAUCUGCUCUCUCACAGGCAGUAGAGUCAGCAUUCAACAUCCUUUAACCAAAUCUCAAAUCACUGCAUCCAUGCAUGAGCACAUCGAGUUUGAUUUGUUUGGUUAAACUGAAAAGAAAAAAAAAAGUUUCAUCAGCUUUUUCACUAAACUCACCAUGAUGAUGUCCACAAAUACAUAUUUUUAAAUUCGGUCACUGCAGGACUGAAAUUGCACAGACAUGUAUCUCAUGUUAUUAUUAUGUUAUUGAUUUUAUUUUCAUUGAAAACAUGAAUCAGACAUCAUUCAGAAGGUUAAAGAUUUUAAAUAAAAUAAUAGUUAUUACACCCUGUGCUCUGAAGAUGUUUCGACAAGCAGCACUUUAAUAAAUCAACAGAGCACCAAAACAUAUACGAAUUAUACAGAACUGUCAAAGGAGUUCCAGUUGUUAACUGUUACAUGAGGUUAAAAAAAGGUUAAAAAAAAGGAUCUCACUGAAAACCACACAUUGAGAUUCUCCACUUUAAUACAGAGGACCUGCUAAAAUAAAAAAUAAAUAAGGAAGUAAAAGACUCAAUGACUAAAUUAAUUUGCCAUUAAAUGCACCAAAAAUAGUAAAAACAAUUGCAUUAAUUAAUGUAUAAAGUGUGACAUAAGAGGAUAUUUGAGUUUUAAUGUAUGUAAAAAUUAAUAAAUAGAAAGCUAAAUGGCAAAGUAAAUAACGGGGAAAUGAAUACAAAGGUAAAUCAAUGCAGAAGCUAAUUAAAAUUUUAUUAAAAUUUAAAUUUAUAUUGUAUUUUAAAAAUUAAAAGUGGAAUUCAUAAAGUUGUAAAAACCAGCAAAAAUCCCACUUCCUCUCUUCCCCUAAAGUUACCCCUCUGAAACAUAUGAACUCACUUUGAAUGAUGGGUUUGCUACAGUCAACAAGCCCUGCUAGCUUCUUUAGGCUAAUAAAUACAAACUUAACAACUCUAUGUAAUGCCACACCAAUAACAAUAACAAUAUCAUGAUGAAGGUAAAUAACAAACAGGACGAGCUUGCCCGUGUGUGUUCUCUUCUUUGUGGCAGAAGAAGGACACGGGCAGAGUGCAGGUGAGUGGGCAGGCAGGUAGGCUGAAUGAAAUGAUCUCAUUACAACCUGUAACAGCCAUUUAUUUAUUUAUUUAUUUUGGCCACUGCAUUUUGAUUUACUAAUUACUGUUGAGAUGUACCUUUAAUUCCUCCAUUUAUGGAGGGCCAUUUAUUUUGGUGCAUGAAAUAGCAUAUUAAUUGAUUUAUUUUUGAUGUCGGCAGUUUUGCUCCUCCAUACAUUUAUCUUACUCAGCAGAGUAAGUGCAGGAACAACAACAAACAUAAUAUUUCCCAACAAGAAAACCAGUGUAGAUAAAAGUAAUAGACUAUAUAGAAGUAUAAAAAUACAAAUUAUAUUUAAUCAUUAAUACUUUUGAUUGAAGGUGAAACUCGUAGAAAUAUGCAAGAUAAAUGGCUUCCUGAGCCAUUAGUAGCUGCUUGAUGGUACAUGACGUGCGCUCCUCACAUUUCAGGGGUCAACAAGUCAUUUUAUUUAAGCUUUUGAUGUUGAAAAGGAGUUUUAGUCUGAAAGGGUUUUUUUAGCUGAGGUGCUCAAGGGAAGAACCUGCAAAUGUGUGCGAAGUGUCAGAUGGAUGAUAUUUCUAGAGAAUAUUAAUAUACACUUUUGCCAUUUUUUAAUGAAAGUAAUGAACUGUAACAACUGUACAUUUUUUAAAUUCAGGAAACUGUUUUGUAUGCACUUUCAUUAAUUGGAAGUUACAGCUUAAACAGACUGUGAGGUAAACUACUGGAAGCACUGGAGACCUUCUGUGUACUGACUUGUAGUUUGAGAGGAAGACCCACUUCGAUCACUGAGGAUGUUACACCUUCAUCCUGGUGUAAAAGUACUGUGAAGGACUUUUGUAUUUUGUUUGCUGAAAAACUUUUUCCUUUUUGCCACCAGCUCAGAUUGUGUGUCAUCUUGUGAUCCAUCCUCUCCUUUUCUGGGUUGAAAGGUACAACAACUGAGGUGUGAACAGCUGUUAGCUCACCUGCGUUACCUUUUCAACUCCCACAUCGUGUUUCAGUUAAACUGCUGUUCUGCCUGAUGCUGGUUUACAUUCUCACUUACACAGGGUGAACGGUAAGAGCGGUGCAUACAUUCAGUCAUAUUUAUGUGCAUCACAAAGAGCCUCUUAACGCUAAAAGUCCUGAAUUUAUAGUAUGACAAAGGAUGAGACUGGUGAGAUUGUGAUAUUUUGUUCUACGUUAUAUUCUAUUUAUAAUCCCACACACAACAUCAUGUUUCCAUAAAUCCCAAAACAACAGAUGUACAUUAAUCUGCUGCUGAAAUUGUUUCUUUCUGUAAACGGUUGUUAAAAACUACAGCACUCAGCACUUCUGAGAAUUUUUCACAUCUAUAAACUGUUAUAUAUUAUGAUGUAUACAUUUACAUCUUCAAAUAUAACACCAUGUGUCUCUGUGGUUCCUUUCAGCUCACAGAAAUGUCCUGAAUAAUUUAUUUUACUUUUUCACCUUCAUUUCCAGCUGUUUUUAACAGCUGUGAAAUGUUCAGUGUGAAAACAGAAAAGGUCCAAAUGUGGACCACUGAGCAGACAUUUUGACUCAGCAGGAGAAGCACAGCUUCACUCCUCUCAGACGUCCACACAGAUCAUUUUUAACACAAGUCGGUCCAUGCAACCUUCGUUUUACUAGCGUUUGGCACACGAGAACACAAAGAACUGAAGAUAAAGUCCACGUCAGUGAUACGUCGAACGCCAGAGAAGAACUUAAAAACACAAACACUUACAUUAUUAUGUUAUAUGUACAUUUACGAGUUUGUGAUUAUUUUUUUUCCCUUGCGACUCAAUAAAAUUUAUCUUAAUCUAUAAAAUUUCAUUAUAAAUUAUUUGUUGAUAUUUUGUGUUGUUAAACUAAAUCUGCAAAGUAACUAAAUAAAUAAAAAAUUAAAAGUAUUGGAGUGAAAAGUAUGUUUGCCUCUGAAUUGUAGAAGAAGAAGUAGCAGAAACUGGAAAUACUGAAGUACCUCAAAAUUAUACUUAAGUCCAGUACUUGAGGAAAUGUAUUCAGUUACUUUCCACAGAAUCAGAAUUCAGAAUCAGAAUUCCUUUAUUUAUCCCUGAAGGGAAAUUCAGCUGGUCCCACCUGAUGUUUUUCCUGCUGUCAAAAGUUCUGUGGAAAAAGUUGCAGGACAAACACUUUCGUUUGUCCGCAUGUUUCACCACCGUGGAAAGAGAAAAGUAAAAUUUCAUCCAGAAAAGGACACAAAACACAAAGAGUAAAUACGUCAUGUUUGCUGUCUGAGAGGCUCCUCGGCUCAAACAGGAAACAAACUCUUAAUCACAAGAUAUUUUCAGAUUCACUGGCAUACGGAUUACUUUGUAUGUUGGCCCUGAGUUGGUAAUCUGACUGUGUGGAUGUCACAGAGGGAAGCA